GCCGCCCGCCCGCGCGCCCGCCACUGUGCAGUGGAGUUUGGUGGAAUCUCUGCUGACGUCACGUCACUCCCCACACGCAGUCCGAGCAGGGGGAAGAGAGAGGGAUGAGAGCGAGGGAGGGGAGAGAGAGCGCGAGAGCGAGCGAGCAAGCUGGAGAGGAGCUGCUAGGAACUACCAGGGACGGCUAGAUUCCCCAGGCCACCGCGCACCCGUGGACUCCCGCGGAACUUGGCAUCCCCGGGAGCCCCGCGGUCCUCUCCGGCCCGGCUUGCGGGCGCUGGCGGGGCAGCUCGCGCCUCGGCGGACGGCAAAGCUCCCCGGGAAGCGGUGGGACGCGGAGACUGCAGCUCUCUCCCGGUAGCCGAUAACGGGGGAUGGAGACCAACUGCCGCAAACUGGUGUCUGCGUGUGUGCAAUUAGAGAAAGAAAAGAGCCAGCAAGGAAAGAAUGAGGACGUGGGCGCCGAAGACCCGUCCAAGAAGAAGCGGCAACGGCGGCAGCGGACGCACUUCACCAGCCAGCAGCUGCAGGAACUGGAGGCCACUUUCCAGCGGAACCGCUACCCGGACAUGUCCACGCGCGAGGAGAUCGCCGUGUGGACCAAUCUCACGGAAGCCCGGGUCCGGGUUUGGUUCAAGAACCGCCGGGCUAAAUGGAGAAAACGAGAGCGCAACCAGCAGGCCGAGCUGUGCAAGAAUGGCUUCGGGCCGCAGUUCAACGGGCUCAUGCAGCCCUACGACGACAUGUACCCGGGCUACUCGUACAACAACUGGGCGGCCAAGGGCCUCACGUCGGCCUCCCUGUCCACCAAGAGCUUCCCUUUCUUCAACUCCAUGAACGUCAACCCCCUGUCGUCGCAGAGCAUGUUCUCCCCGCCCAACUCCAUCUCCUCCAUGAGCAUGUCGUCCGGCAUGGUGCCCUCCGCGGUGACCGGCGUCCCGGGCUCCAGCCUCAACAGCCUGAAUAACUUGAACAACCUGAGCAGCCCGUCGCUGAAUUCCGCGGUGCCGACGCCCGCCUGUCCUUACGCGCCGCCGACUCCUCCGUACGUUUACAGGGACACGUGUAACUCGAGCCUGGCCAGCCUGAGACUGAAGGCCAAGCAGCACUCCAGCUUCGGCUACGCCAGCGUGCAGAACCCGGCGUCCAACCUGAGUGCGUGCCAGUACGCGGUGGACCGGCCGGUGUGAGCCGCGCCCGGGGCACCGGAAUCCUAGGACCGUGCUGCGGGCGACUCUGCCCUUGAAAGACUGGGAGUUACGCUAGAAGGUCGUGGGUGCAAAAGAAAGGGAGAGAAAGAGAAGCUAUAGAGAGAAAAGGAAACCACUGAAUUACAGAGAGCUCCUUUGAUUUCAAAGGAAUUUCCUCAAUGUCUGACAUCUUUCACUAAAAGUAUUUCCAACAGUUGCAAGGACACACACAAAUGUUUGACUGGAUAUGACAUUUUAACAUUACUAUAAGCUUGUUAUUUUUUAAGUUUAGCAUUGUUAACAUUAAAAUGACUGAAAGGAUGUAUAUAUAUCGAAAUGUCAAAUUAAUUUUAUAAAAAGCAGUUGUUAGUAAUAUCACAACAGUGUUUUUAAAGGUUAGGCUUUAAAAUAAAGCAUGUUAUACAGAAGCGAUUAGGAUUUUUCGCUUGCGAGCAAAGGAAUGUAUAUACUAAAUGCCACACUGUAUGUUUCUAACAUAUUAUUAUUAUAAAAAAAACGUGUGAAUAUCAGUUUUAGAAUAGUUUCUCUGGUGGAUGCAAUGAUGUUUCUGGAACUGCUAUGUACAACUACCCUGUGUAUAACAUUUCGUACAAUAUUAUUGUUUUACUUUUCAGCAAAUAUGAAAAAAAAUGUGUUUUAUUUCAUGGGAGUAAAGCAUACUGCAUACAAA